AUUUUUUAUCUCCCACUCCACAUCAUGUUUCAAGAUUUAAAUUCUCACAAAAUAAACGUCAUUGUGAAGUUCAAACUCUAACUUCUAAGUCUUAAGUAAAUACAAUGUAGUAAUCGAUAUGCAUUGCAUUUUGUUUUCAAGUACUUGUCACAGUUCUUCAUUACAAUAAAUCUGUUAUAAUCUCGUCUCAGUUCACUAAGUGUUCACUUAGUGACUAUAUUCUGAAAUACUAUUCAAUAUUUUUCUUAUAAGGAACACAGAAAAUACUUUAAAAUGAGUUUAAGAACAAAUACUAAUGAACAACGGUUAAAAACCGGUGGAGAAGACCAUUUACUUUUGCAAGAAAAUGUAGUAAAAAAUGGCAAUACUUUACUAUCCAUGAAUUCAACCAUGAAUUCAAAAGUACAACCAACUCAACAUAAUUCAUUCACAAGUGUUGCUUCUGAGCAAGUACCGGUUCGUUUGACUCCUGCAUGGGAAGAAACUAAUUUACCGAACGACGAACUUAACUUUAAAUCAUUCAGCAUGGAUGAUGCAGUAUUAGAGACUGACCCUCCAAAAGAUAGAUGGAACAUUGUGUAUUUAAUAUUAGUUCUACAUGGAAUAGGAAUAUUAAUGCCUUGGAAUAUGUUUAUAAAUGCUAAAUCUUAUUUUGUGGAAUACAAGUUGGGAGAAGAUUAUCUAGGUAAAGAUCUAUUUUAUGCUUCCAUUUUCAUGGCUUACUUGACUAUUGGCUCACAGCUACCUAGUCUUCUGUUCAAUUGGCUCAACAUAUUUUGUCCAAUAGGAGGAAAAUUGACAACUCGAAUUGUAUGGUCAAUUCUUACUGAAGUACUUUGUUUUGUUUUUACUGUUGCAUUAGUCAUGAUUAAUACCUCUCAAAUACCAGCUCUAUUUUUCUGGUCAACUCUAGGCAGUAUAGUAUUAUUAAAUAUGGCAAAUGGUAUUUACAACAAUUCUGUUUUUGGAAUGGCGGCUAAGCUCCCUACAAAAUAUAUUGGUGCUGUAGUUCUUGGUACAAAUUUGAGUGGUACAUUUACAUCUGUCGCAAACAUAGCAUCAAUUUCAAUAACUCCUGAUGCUCGAACUGCUGCUAUUUAUUAUUUUACUACUGCACUGUUUGUGUUGCUAGCCUGUUUUGAUACAUAUUUUGCAUUGCCAUUAAAUAGAUUUUAUAAAUAUCAUGAACUUAUUUAUCAACGACAAAUUGAAAAUCAAAAUUCAAAACAAAGUGGAGAAAAUGAAAAAGUUCCUUAUUGGCGUAUUUUUAAACAAGCCAGCCCACAAUUGAUUAAUGUAUUUUUUGUAUUCUUUGUUACUCUUGCAAUAUUUCCAGCAGUUCAUUCGGAUAUUAAAACAUCAAGUAAAGAUUUUCUUUUUGGAGAAACAUAUUAUACUAGUGUAAUGUGCUUUUUAACAUUCAAUGUAUGUGCACUUAUUGGAACAUAUUUUUCUACUUUGUUUUCUUGGCCAAAGCAAAAAUGGCUUUUUAUUCCUGUGGGACUGAGAGUUAUUCUUAUUCCAUUAUUUUUGGUUUGCAAUUACCACCCAAUUGGUGUUACAAGAGUAAUGCCAGUACUUAUUAAUAAUGAUUAUGUAUUUUGGGCAUUAGGAGCAAUCCUUGGAUUAUCUAGUGGUUAUUACAGUUCUGUAGCAAUGAUGUAUACUCCAAGCUGUGUUGAACCAAGAUACAGUGGUAUUGCAGGCAUGUUUGGAGCUGCUAUGCUAAUCACUGGAAUUUGUAGUGGUAUACUCUUCGGAAUGACAAUGCCAUUUAUUGUUAAACAUGUAUCUAUAUAAAAAUGUAUUAAAAUGUUCAAAAACUUUUUUUGUGUUUAAUAUUAGACUUACUUUUAUGUAUAUUGGUAUUUUAAAAAAUAAGACAUUGAUAAUAAGUAUGUUAAUUUGAUAUAGAUACAGGUGUAGAUCAUAAUUAUUAUCAAAAGAUAAAGCCAAAAUGUACAGCUUAAUAUUAUUAAUUUACCUAUUAUAUAUAUUUUAUCAUCCACAAUAAUCUAAAAUAUUUUAAUAAUGUUAAAUAAAUGUUUAGGGUAGACAAACAUCAUCAUUUUUCAGAUAAGCGCCCAUGUAUAGGUGUCACAAAAAUGUUAAUUGAAUAAGAAAUUAGUGAUUUAACGUGAAGGUAUAAUAAAAUAUGAUAAAUAUCUAAUUUCUUAUUCAUUAGAUUUUUCUAAGACAACCUGUAUUAGUUGCUCAAUUAUUAUACAUUAAGUAACAUACUUCAUUCAUAAUCUAGUUUAAAAUUUGAGGAAGUAAAAUUGCUAUAACUUUAUUAUAAAUGUAUUUAAGUUUAAUGUAACCUAGUUCUAAAAUUUU